UUGGGUCUUAUAGUUGGGGUAGUGCGACCUUAGCGUGCUUGUAUCGUUUUCUCUGUAAGUCCUCACAAAGUAACCAAAAUGAGAUAGCUGGAUUUCUACCACUACUUCAGGUAUACUCAAUAACUAAAUAAAUUAUUUAUUAAUAUUUCUUGUACUUUAAUUACCUAAAUUAUAUAUUAUGUUUAGAUUUGGGCAUGGGAAAGAGUUACUGUCCUUAGACCACAGGUAAUAGCACAAAGAGACAUCAGAAAUAUUUUUCCAGCUGGUUUACCUAAGGGUCCACAUGCUACUAGAUGGUUUGCACGUUUUAGUUGGACCGACACUACUAAGCAUGUGUUGAAAGUGUUUAGGGAUGCACUUGAUUCCAUGACGGAGGAUCAGUUUAUUUGGGAACCAUAUUCUGAUGAGUUAAUUGAGGGUCUUCCUGACUAUUGUCGCAUUGGACGAGAUAUAUGGCGUGUUAGAGCUCCAAUUUUUUGUUGGGAUGUCGUCGAGGUUCACUUGCCUGACCGAGUUAUGAGGCAAUUUGGGUUGAAACAGAUGAUACCAACUCCAUUUUUAUUUGAUUCGACACAUUUUCACCAUGAUCGUCGGGGAAGACCAAAUACAAAUUGGGAGUUGGAGCAUGCACAAUGGUUGCCUUUUUGGAACCAACGACUUCAAUAUAUUUGUGAAGCACCAAUCAAUCGUGAACCACUUCGAUAUGACGACCCCUACCUUAUUUGGUUUAGACGCAUUACUCGUCUUGUUAUUGGUAAUCCUACUCUGCGUCCUCAACAACAACAAGGUUAUGUGCCAAAUUCAACGGCAUACGAAACAAUGGUGCGUUAUAUUCAUUCGAUGGUUGAUAAAGCAAAAUCACUCGGUGAUCAACCAUCAAUGGAGGAUUUUUACAUAUUUCGUGCAAUGGUGCGAAAUGAAGGAGAAAGAUGUUUGACAUAUGUGCACGAGGCUGAUAGGAUUAAUAUACAAGCCGAUUAUAGAAGAGAUGACGUACAAGCUGACCAUUUACAUCACCCUAUUCGUAGGCGAGGAAAAGGUGGUGUUGCUGGUAGGAGGGCACGUGCUGCUGAGAGAGGACGAAUUCCUGUUGAAAUGGACGAAGCAGCCUUAGAAGAUUAUCAAGCAACUGGUGAUAUUGGUUCUACUUCAAGGAGUCACACUCAGGAAUUCAUUCCUGUGGCAUCAGGUAUGACAUAUCAACCAACAAAUUUUGAGAUUGCCCCAUACAUGACGCCACAAAUUUCAAGGGAUCCAAGUCUUUCGUCACUUGAGAAUGUCUUUGGUAAUUAUCGGCCUCAACAUUUUGAGAAUGCCCCAAAUUUUACCUCAUCGCCUGUGCCAAUGUCCAUGGAGAUCCCUGAUGCCAUGACUAAUUUAGAGGACUCCAACAUCGAGAUAGAAGGUAAUGAGUUGGAUGAUUCCAACAAUGAAGUGGAUGGUAAUGAUCCUGAGAAUGCAAGUAGAGGUGGUGAACCAUCAGCGAAGAAGAAACGUACAAUUUUUCCUAAGUUUUGUGGCACUGGUACAAUAUUUUUAAAGCUUUGGUGA